CUCCUGCUGAGCCCCCUCUAACCUGUGUCAUCUCUGACGGAGGCAGCCCAGGGCCACUCAGCUCCCACCAGGAUGUUUACAAGAGAUGCACAGACCAGGAGUCAGCCUCACGAGGCUUCCUGAGAAAUGGGGUCUGGACUCCUGGACAGCUGCCCUCAGACCUGGUCCCUGGCCUUCUGUCUCAGACCCGAGAGUCAGGCCCCCAGCCCCUCCUCCCUCAGACCCAGCAGUCCAGCCACCUCCUCCUUCAGAUCCAGGAGUCCUGGUCCCCAGCCCCCUCCUCCCUCAGACCCUAGAGUCCAGAUCUCUAGCCUCUCUUUCCUCAGCCCCAGGAAUCUGGGCCCUCAGCCACCUCCUCCCUCGGACUUGGGUCCAGACCCCCAGCCCCUCCUCCCUCAGACCCCAGAGUCCAGGCCCCAAAGCCACACUGCCCUGGGAGGCUCCCUUCUCACUGUACUACCAAGCUGAAUGGAGGGUCACCUGAGAGAACUAGGGAUCAUGGUCCCAGCCCAGCCCUCCACUGGGCUCCUCCACCACUGAGGGGGACCAAAUGGGAAACCUGAGGACCUCCACAUGGACCCCUUUCCCCAUUUGUGGGUGGAGAGACUGAGGCCCGAGGAGAAGGGUCUUCCUCCCCACGAGCCACACUCAGGGCCUGCACAUCCUCAUGGCCCUUACACAUUCCCCAUCCGUUCUCCACCGGGAGGCCUGGAGAGCCCUCGGAACAAGAGGACUCCCAAGCAAGUGCUCUGGCCUCUGGCCCAACUCCCAUUUUCCCCUUGUCUUCCUGGGCCACCUGGUUGUUGGGGGGGCCUCCCUAACAAUGGGGCUCAGUGAGCCUCAGGGCGCCUGCCCCUGGUUGCUAGGGGGAAGACCCCUGGCAACGACAUCUCUGGAGACUUUGGGCCACCUGGGGCUGCCCUGCAGGCAUCAGGUUACCAAGCAGAGGGAUUCCCUGGCAAGAAGGUCUCCCAGGCCCCGUAGCUUGGGGUCCCCUGGUUGUCAGGCAGGAGGUGCCUUAGACCCCCACCUACUUUCUACCCAGGUUGGCUGGCCCCCACCACUGUGGGCCCUUCAACCUGGUUGCUAAGGAAGCCACUUCCUACCAACCAGGCAUGACCAGGCCAGUGUGACCCCCCCUCCUCCUUCCCCACUGCUAAGGGGGCUCCCUAGCAACAGAACUUGGAACCUUGAAAGCUGGGUGGGCAGGUGGGCGGGGCCCCACUGGUUGCUGGGGUGAUGGCCUUCAAGGUCUGUCCCCACAGAGGCCCCAAGGGUCUGGGGAGGCAACAUGGUGGGCUCUGGGAUCCCCGCUUUGAGCCUCUUCCUGCUGAUGCAGGGCUCAGUAGACGGGAAUGGGAUCCAGGGAUUCUUCUAUCCAUGGAGCUGUGAGGGAGAUGUAUGGGACCGGGAGAGCUGUGGGGGCCAAGCGGCAAUUGAGAACCCCAAUCUGUGUCUGCGUCUCCGGUGCUGCUAUCGUGAUGGGGUCUGCUACCACCAGCGGCCAGAUGAAACCAUGCGGAGAAAGCACAUGUGGGCGCUGGGCUGGACAUGUGGAGGCCUCCUCUUCCUGAUCUCCAGCAUCUGCUUGUUCUGGUGGGCCAAACGUCGAGAUAUGCUGCACCUUCCAGGAUUCUUAAAGGGCAAAUGUGACCUGUCGAGGACUGUGUCUCUGUUAUCUAAGGACAGGGGGCCUUCCAGCGAAAAGAGGACAUCCGCAGGCAGCAUGCCAACCUCUGUUACUCCAGAGGGGAACACGGAAGUGUCAGGGGUCACCGAAGGGGAAGGGACGACAGAAGGGGGUGAUGAAACAGAAGGGGCGGAGGACGAAGAUUAGGGGCACCCCUGGGGGGGCCCCUCAAUACAGAUAUAGCAUAUAGAUGCGUGGUCUCUUUUCUAAGAUCCAUGGGAGCAGGAGGCACAGGAGCUCCAGGGCAGGGAGUGUGCGUGUGUGUGUGUGUGUGUGUGUGUGCACAAGGGGACUGGGCUGUGAUCAUGAGGUUUCCAGCCUGAGUGGGAUCUGGAACCAGGGAGCGGUGGGUUGGUGGGAGGUGGCCUGCCAUUCUCCUGCAGGAGCACCACUGACAGCCUUGGUUGCCGACCCUUGGGAUCCUGCCUUAUCUGCCAGCACACCUCCCACCAAUGCCCAAGCAUGGCAGGGCUCCCUGCGGGACACAGGCCACCCCGGGUGGACAACAUUACUCUCAGAUUCUCCAGUGGCCCGGUGGAAAUUCUCCAGAAAGCACCUAUGGUACAAGACUUGUCCUGCCCAGCCCUCGGGCCUUCCUCAGGCGUACCCUGUACCAGGUCCCCUCUACAAGUACUUCCAGGGCACCUGGGUGGCUCAGCAGGUGCGGACUCUUGAUUUCGGCUCUGGCCACGAUCUCAGGGUCGUGGGCUCGAGCCCCCUACCCGGGCUACUUGCUUGGCCGGGGUCUGCUGGAGAUUAUUUCUCUCCCUCUCCCGCAGCCCCUCCCCUCUAAAAUAAAUAAAUCUCUCUCUCUCUUUUUUUUAAGGUACUUCCUCCUAAUAAAUA